GGAUCCCCCCCCUCUUCCCCAUCUCCUCCCUCCAUCCGGGAGCAGCUCCUAUGACUUUCCAGCUCCGACUUCCUCAAUCCGGGAAUAUAACAGAGCCGAGUCCGCAGCUCCCACAUCCCAUUGCCCACAGCACCGGGAUGGGCAGCAGGAUGUGGUGGCCCACGCUGCUGGCCCUACUGGUCCCCAUGGUGGCCCCAUUACACCCGGAGCAGGAGCUGGAUGCCCAUUGGGACCUAUGGAAGAGAACCCACCGCAAGCAGUACAACGGGAAGGAGGAAGAGGCAGCGCGGAGGCAGAUAUGGGAGAGGAACCUCAAGUACAUCAAUACCCAUAACCUGGAGCAUGCACUGGGGGUCCACAGCUUCGAGCUGGCCAUGAACCACCUGGGGGACAUGACCAGCGAGGAGGUGGUGAGGACCAUGACAGGCCUGAAGCUGCCCCAUAACCGUCCCCAUGGCAACGAGACCCUCUAUGUCCCGGACUGGACCGAGCGGACCCCAGCAGCCGUGGACUGGAGGCGGAAAGGUUACGUGACCCCCGUCAAGAACCAGGGCCAAUGCGGUUCCUGUUGGGCCUUCAGCGCCGUGGGGGCCCUGGAGGGGCAGCUCAAGCGCCGGACUGGGAACCUGCUGGCUCUGAGCCCCCAGAACCUGGUGGACUGUGUGGCCACCAAUGAUGGUUGUGGUGGUGGGUACAUGACCAACGCCUUCGAGUACGUGCGGCACAACCGCGGCAUCGACUCCGAGGACGCCUAUCCCUACAUAGGGCAGGACCAGAGCUGCAUGUACAGCCCCACUGGUAAGGCAGCCAAGUGCCGUGGCUACCGCGAGAUCCCUGUGGGCAAUGAGAGGGCAUUGAAGAGAGCUGUGGCCAGGAUCGGGCCCAUUGCUGUGGGCAUCGAUGCCAGCCUCCCAUCCUUCCAGUUCUACAGCCGCGGGGUGUACUACGACCAGAGCUGCAAUGGGCAGAACAUCAACCACGCGGUGCUGGCCGUGGGGUAUGGCACACAGAAGGGCACCAAGCAUUGGAUCAUCAAGAACAGCUGGGGCGAAGAGUGGGGCAACAAGGGCUACGUGCUGCUGGCGCGGAACAGGGACAACGCCUGCGGCAUCGCCAACCUCGCCAGCUUCCCAAGGAUGUGAGCCCAUUCCCAGCCCAGAUCCAUAGGGAAGUUGGGAUGAGCUCCCCC